UUAUUUCAUGAUUAAUUAUGCACGAUACAGGUCAAAAAUAAAAAAAUGGAUAGUAUUGGAAAACUUCAAACCUAUGGAAUCAAUGCACCAAAGCAGCAACAUUUUUCCCCAUAUGCUUCAAACGGUGGUAAUACAUUGGCGAUUUCAGGAGAUGAUUUUGCCAUAAUUGCAGCAGAUACCAGGCUGAGUCAGGGUUUCUCUAUACACAGCCGGGAAGAACCGAAAACUUUACAGCUAACCCCCAAAGUUGUGCUGGGAGCUGCAGGUUUUCAUGGAGAUAGUCUGACCCUAAAAAAGGUCAUACAAAAUAGAAUAAAAUUAUAUGAGCAUGAGCACGGCAAGAAGCCAAGUGUCAGUGCAAUAGCCGCCAUGCUAUCAACCAUCCUUUAUUACAAGCGAUUCUUUCCUUACUAUGUUUACAACCUGUUGGCUGGCAUAGAUGAUGAAGGCAAAGGUUGUGUGUAUUCAUACGAUCCGGUUGGAUGUUAUGAACGUGAAGCAUAUAGGGCAGAAGGUUCAGCUGCUGAAUUGUUGCAACCUCUUUUGGACAAUCAGAUAGGAUUCAAGAAUAUGGAAAAUGUUCCAAAAAUACCUCUUACGAAACAGAAAGGUUUACAGCUAGUAAAAGAUGCUUUCAUAUCUGCUGCUGAACGAGAUAUAACGACUGGAGAUAGUGUUCUUAUUCAUAUUAUUGAUGCCAAUGGUGUGAAGACAGAACGUUUCCCUCUGAGAAGAGACUGAGUUUUUCUACCAGGACUUUCAGUGACAUUAUUAGCACUAUCUAACAGUGCAAAAUGCUCAAAAAAGUUCAUUUGUCAGUAAAUGUGAGCAUUUUGAAGUUUGUUUGAAAAAAUGCUUUGCAUUUUAUUACUACAUUACAUUCUUGAAUAUAAAAAGUGUAUGAAUGAUGGGUAUUACAUUAGAGAAGUUCCAAAGUAA